CGAUACGUGCGAAUGCUGAACAGCAGUGCUUCAUGUUUAUCGUUUUGUAUCGCCCUCGCUCGAGAGACGUUUGUUUCACCACUUUUGCCCUUUCGUCCAGAGUCUGUCAAAAAUGCCUAAAGCAGGUAAAGGAAAAGCCCAGCGGGCCAAAAUACUGCAUCCUAACAGCCGUAAAGCCAUGAAGGUCACGGGAACUGCUGUCAGGAAAGAAAGAGUUGAAAGAGUGCAUCAGGAGACUUCCUUGAAGAUGGGCCUUCUUGUUGAUAAGCUGCUGUGGUUUCAGGAGCACGCAGACCCAGAGAAGACAGAAUACACGCGAGUAGAGCUCUGCCAACUUGUUGAAGGCUACCUGCAUCGGUUUGAUGAGGAGUUGGAACAGAUUGACAUCAUCCAGGGAAUGAAGGCAAGAAAAGGACGGCAACAUGCAGCGAGGGAAGACAUCAUUAAAUCCACCAUGAAGACGGAGCGAAACCUAUUCAAUACGUGUGGACUGGAGGCACCCGAUUUGGCCGACAAGAAAAACCUGGCUCGCUUCCUGGAGUGGGACGGCACGGCGAAACACGCGAGCCUGAUCAAAAUGAGGAAAGUGGUUGCCAGGAAAACUGGUGCCCAAACCACAGAGGGAAGUAUUGCAUCAAGAACGGACAUGCAGCAUGACGGAACGACAUAGUGAAGGAUAAUUAGGUAAUUUUAUUUAAUAAAA